AUGUCGUCAAUCACGACGGACGCCGAGUAUUGUGGCGAAACUCUUGAAGACGACCUGGACGCGAUUAAGAAUGCGUUUCCAGCCGGAUACACGCGGUUCAUUCGCCGUGUACGCCCAACUGUCUACCAAUGCGUGCAGAAACAGGGACAUCCACGGGCUCUAGCAGUGGUUGACGCGGUCAUCCGGCCAUACAAUAUGCGUGGGGUUUUGCACAUGCCAGACUUUAAUGUACAGAAAUCGCUUUUCAAGAUUAUGGGAUAUCAGCCAGAUAAAGGGGACAUCAAGGUAGUGUGGAUGGAGAACUUUGAGGACAAUCGUUCUUCUCUAGAAGAGUUUGUUAAUGUGACAGGAAGACACUUGCUUCUUGUCGAAAGUGAUCCAGUGGGAGAGACAUUACCAAGUGCUGAAGCUGAUAUUCCCACGUUGGUUGCACAUUUCUCUUAUCAUUUUUUCAUGCGGCUUGAGCUACUUACCAUUCACCCUCCUCCUGAUGACAAACUACCGUCAAGAUCAUGGACAAUUUUGCACAGCAUUGAAGCAGUCGAAAUGUGUACUGAGAAAUUGGGAGUGAUGUUGAAGGGAUCUGAAGCAUAUCAAAUGUGGGAGAAAUAUAAGGAAUUUAUGGUGAGACGUGCUCAUAUAAAUGCUGAUGUACUCUUAUCUCCAGUACCUUCAUAUUACAUCACACUUUCCAAGUUGCUUCGCUUUGUGGUGAAAGAAAUGGAAAAAAUGGUUUCAACACCAUUGUACAACUUGUGGCAACAUUGCCAGAACGUUGCAUCUCUGAUUGGACAGAUAUUUUGGGGAGAGCAAGAGAUGCUAGAUGCAAGCUACUGUUUGGAUAAAUCUUAUGCUAUUCAAGGUGCAUUCACUGAAGAAUACCUGACUCAUAAUCGAAACGUCCAAACGUUCCUUGUAGCAUGCUGUCGCAAAAGAUGGACAAAACGUAUGAAGUCGUGUGCAUACGACUCAUUGAAGUGGCAGGCAAAGCACUUCUUGUCAUGUUUCAGGCCUGAACAUUUUCAAGAAUACAAAAAGCAACCGAUUGAAAGAGACUGGCUUUCAAAACAGAAAGUUGUGAAGACCAUUUGGAACAGCAAACAAGGGAGGACUGAAACUCGUUCGAUUGCAGAGAUGUUACGCGAAAAGUUUCCUGAGGAGCUUGAUCAUAUGAGGCAGGAAAUGAAGAGUUUACCGAAAGUGACAUCUGAUAUUCUGAAUACGUAUUUCAAUGAGAUGUCAAACUAUGAGAAGCUCCGAAACGUUUGCGACAGGAUGUUGCGAGACGCAUAUCGACAUGUCGACGAGCUAAGGAAGGAACUCGAUGAUCUGCGCGAUUGUUUGACUGACUGCUCGUUGCCAAUAGUUUUUACAACACUCUCUGAUGCUUGCGAUAAGAAAGAGGACGAACUGCAAAUUGCAACCGCAUAUUCUGGGAAGCUCAUUUCAAUCUUAUCUGCUGUUUAUCAAGCACAACCUGCACUGGAAAAAGAGUCGGGAACCGUUAACGACAGUGCACUUAAUGAGUGGCUGUGCUCCAUAUUAUCACGCUGUCGCGGUGAUGCUGGUUUGUUGGAAGGACUACUGGCUGGGGCUGCUGACCACCUCACUGUUCGAUGUCAACAUGUGUUUUUGGAUAGCUAUCAGAUGCUGUAGCGUGUUGGGCAAUUGAGGUUGUUUUGUUUGUUAAGAAAUGCACAUCUGUAGGUGGAAGUCGGACACUUGAUAUUGACUUGAUAUUGCUUGCUAUAUUUGGUUUGUCGUUGUGGUGGCGUUCAUGUCAGUACAUGGAUUUUGAACAAUUGUGAGGCUUGGUUGAAAUUUU